CAUUUAUCUAUCAUCUAUCUAUCUAUCUAUCUAUCUAUCUAUCUAUCUAUCAUCUAUCUAUCUAAUCUGCUGAUCUGUAGCUGCCUCCUCACCCUGCAGCGGGAGCCCUCCAUCCGCACUGCAGCUUUUCUUGUGAUCAGGGUAAAUAUUACCUGGCACUGUUAAUGUUUAAUGCCCCCAACUUGUCCCCAGCCACCCCGCUGAGGAGGCCAGACACUCCCAGAAGCAGAGACAGCAGGAAGAGGGGAGGGGAGGCAAUCCAUUGGGCUGUGGAAAUGACUGGGUUGUCAACGGAUACAUAGAUAGAUGGAGAGAGAGAGAGAGAGAGAGAGAGAGAGAGAGAGAGAGAGAUGAAUGUAUUUAACUUCCCACCUAUUUUUACAUCUCUUAUUAUUCCUGAAACGCUCCAUGUUGGCUUACAAAUAUAGACAACGCAGUAAGAUAACGCGAUCCUGUAUCAUAAAGGGAGCACCCUUGUCUGGUGUGGAGUCGGCAGUAGCUUUGGCAGCACAUCUUGGAGGGUCUGGGCUUUCCACCUCUGGUUUGCCAUUGACUGUGUGUUUCAGGCAAGUCCCUUCACCUUCCUGUCCUUGCUUUUUCUGUGUACCCAGUGGGGAUCACGGCACUGCCCUGGCCACCUCGAGAGGCUAUUGCGGACAGCAAAUGAGCGGCCUCAGUUUCUUUAUCUGUAAAAAGGCGCUAUCAGGAAUUAAGUGGUGCUGUGCUGGCGAAGAGCCUGCCAUGUGGUCCGUCUUCACCAAAUGCUGGCUCUGCUGUGAUGUUUGCACACAUAUACAUUUCUUGGCUCUGAAAGCAGAGGAAGCUGAAAGGGUGUUGAAGCGCCUCAUCUGCAGGGUUCUGACAUUCCCUCCAUCUCACUCAUUCAUGCUCAUUUUCAUUGGACGGCAGCUGGCUUUUCCGUGUCCAAAAACAAACAUCUAACAAAGGCUAAUGCCUGUUAUUUCUUCAGCCAGCACACAUAUAACAGUAACAAUGAUGCCACUCACUGUGCGCCAGGCCCCAGGCUGUGCUCUUGGCAUGCAUGAUCUCACUUCGCCUCACAACCACCCUAGGAGCUGGGUACUGUGCCCAUUUUACAGAUGAAGAGACUGAGGCACAGAGAGGUGAAAUAAUUGACUGAGACCAUACGAUUAGCAAGUGAGAGGUUCAGGGUGUGAACUCAAGUGCCGAGCCCUCUCCCUGCUUGGGGAGGAUUCAUAGAUAGACUGACUCCCUUCAGAAGGGCUCAAGCACCCCUGGUGGCCCCUGGCCACUGACCUUGGCUGUUUGGCGGCCGUUGGACUUCAGCCUCUUCUGGAGGCCAAUUCAGUGGACUAGAACUCAACCAGGAUUCCACAACACCCACGACUACCCGGCACAGGAAUCCUGGGGAGAAGGAGCUCACAGGGGAGCGGGAAGGCUGCCUGCGAGGUGUGGAAAGCACCUGCCUCCUGCAGCAGGAGGCCUGUCAGCCUCCCCUUGCCCCGCACUGGCUGUGUGACCUUGGGCAAGGCCUCGACCUCUCUGUGCCUUACACACCUGCCUCAUCAGUAAAAUGGGAAACAUAAAACUUAGGAGACAAGAGUGAGGAAAGUGCUUGGUAAACCAUAAAAGCAGGGGGUUCUGCCUGUGAUGAAAACCUCGCCCCGUCCUUAGAAAGCCUGCAUGCGCCAUGGUAAACUGGCAAGGAAACAGCCGGAGGGCCAGGCCAAAUGGUGGUAGGAGGAAGUGCCCGGGAGGGGGGUGGCGGCAGAGAAGGAGGGAUUAGUUGGGAUGACUGGGGCCCUUCCAACUGAGGUGUAAGCUGCGGGGUGCACAUCGAUGGGUGAAUAGGAUGACAGAUGAAGGGCUUUUCUGGUGGGUCAACUGCUGGUGGGUUUAGGGGUGCUCCAGGGCUGUGGUGGGGGAGCAGUGGGCCAGGCUCCUAGGGACCACUGUAGGAAAGCCUCCAGUGCCACAUAAGGAACACCAGCUGCAGUGGUGGCAUCCACGAUGGCUGGUGUGGUGGGCCCUGAUGGGGCUGGGGGCCACUGUGGGACCCCUGACACUGGCCCCCGGAAGCUUCCAAGUACCGUGUACACUAUACAAAUUGUGCAACUUCCACUUCCCUGUUUCCACCACCCCAGCUGUGGCUUCUCCAGCUGGCAGAAGGCACCACUGCUCACCCAUCCCAGCCCUUCUCUUUGGAAAUUUCCUUUGGAAGCCAGCUCCUUCCCUCCCCUGCCUCCCCACGCACCUCUUCACCCUGCGGCAGGAGCCCCCUCCAUGCACGCUGCAGCUUUUCUUGUAACCAGGGUAAAUAUUACCUGGCACUGUUAAUGUUUAAUGCCCCCACCUCGUCUCGGGCCACCCCGCGGAGGCUACCAGACACUCUCCCAAAAGCAGAGACAGCAGGAAGAGGGGAGGGGAGGCAGUCCAUUUUUCUGGGGAAAUGACCGGACUGUCUACGGGCGAUGGUGGCAGCCCCAAGGCGGACGUGGACCCGUUCUACUACGACUAUGAGACUGUCCGCAAAGGGGGCCUGAUCUUCGCCGGGCUGGCCUUCAUCGUGGGGCUCCUCAUCAUCUUCAGUAAGUGGGGUGGCCUCCAAGGAAGGGGUGCUGGCUGGGGCACAUCUCUUCUUAAGGCUGCUGAGCAGGCUGGCUUUCCAGAGUCCCCAAGGGAGGGGUGAGCCUCCCCACCACCUCCGCCCCUGCAGGAUGGGGGAACCCAUGCUGGGUGGGAUGCCAGGCUCUCAAGCACAAUGUGAGGUUCCUGCUUGCUCAAGUGCACCCUCCAGUGGGCCUAGGAGGAGCUGCGGUCGCAGGAAGGAAGCUGCAGAGUAACCCGAGGGCCAGAAGGGGGACUGCACCUGCCGCUGCUAACCAUGGGUCCCAAACUCAUCCGUUCAAUAGGGAUGAUCCCACCUGCCUCACAAAGAUCAGGGCUAACCUCCAGAGACACAGCAGUCAGGACAGUACUUUAAGAUGGUCCCGUGCAGGCGGAGUGCAAUGACUCAUGCCUGUAACCCCAGCACUUUGGGAGGCUGAGGUGGG